UCUAUUCGUAAUUAUUUUUAUUCGUAAUUAUUUUUCCUUAUUAAAAAGGAAAUUAAAAUGUAUACUUUAAAUCUUAAAUCUUUUUUAUUUCUCCAUGAUAAGAUAAUGUGCAAAGAAUGUAUGCUUUUUUAAAAUGGAAAAAAUUUACCGAUAAUAAACAUUUGUUUAGACAGAUGCAAAGUUCAAACAAAUAAUCCUAAAAAAGUAUACCAUACAUAUUCUUGAAGAACAUGAUUUAUAAAUUACUCAAUCCAGGAGGUAGGCAGUCGCUUAUAAAAAAACGGUUAUACGGUUUUACAGUUAUACGGUUUUUUUUUAAAUGGCAUAACUUUAUUAAAAAAGGUUGUAGAAAAAUUUUUAAAAUAUGGAUUUGUUAGGAAAUAAAUGAGCUUAAAAAUGCGUACAUUUUUGUAUCCGGCAGUCGACUUUGAGCAAUGCAAUGGUUUAAAAAAAUAAUUAUUAUUUAUUUACAAACAAGAAUCUUGUGAGCAAUCAAAUGUUUUUAAAUUUAUUUGUUUGCAUAUGCAUUCGAUUUAGUUCUGCAUUGUUGAUCAGACUUGAGAAGAUGCAGGCUUGGAGAAGUGCAAGCGCUGACUAACAGGUGGCAUCAGGAUUAAAUUUAGUGUGAUGGUUUACGUGUACGAUGAUUAAUAGUUCGCAAAUCGCAUUCAAAGAAGAAUAUUCCCUUAAUAAUAAUUAAUAGCAAUUAAUUCUUUUACUUUGGUUUUUAUUGCCUUUUUAAAUAUCGCUUAAAAAUUAUUAAAUUUUGAUAAAAAUUGAUUAUUUAUGUAUUCUGAUGUAACAAACCUUUUUAUAACAUUCUUCAAAUUUGUUCAUUUUUUCCUGAUCUUUCCAAACGACCUGAUCACAUUUACACCAUGAUACGGGGUGAAUAUUUACCCCGUAUCAUGGUGGUAUAAAAAGGUUUGUAACAAAUGACAUUUUUUUAAUGUGGUUUAUUUUGAUCCUCAUUUUUUUAUGGUGAAUUUAUUUUUUUUUUAACAAUAUAUAUAUAUGUAUAAUAUAACAAAUUCUGAAAUAACAAUGUUCUAGUCAAAGCUUUAUAAAAUUAUUUCUAGGUUUGCGCAUUUAAACUGAAAUUUGUUAAUUAUUUGAUGGCUUGCUUGUCAAAUAUCGCUCGAAAUAGAAGUGUAAGAGGCGUAAAAAAUUUAAACCUCUUUUGGGCGUAACAUAGCGUAACGAAUCGUUUCAUUAGAGAAGUUCUUGUUCGGAUUCAAGACUUUGCGACUUGUCAUUCCCGUUGGCGCCGGUAAUUGAAUGCCUCUUUCAUCGUGCGCUUAAAGUGCCGUAUCACCAAUGAACAUCGAUCCUAUCAAUAUCAUGCGACAACAUAUAUUUUCAAGAUCGUUAAUUUAACAGAAGAAAGAAUCAUCUGAAUUUUGAAAGAGAGAUAUACGUAUAGAUGGCUAGAAUCAUCGUGUUGUGCAAAAUAAAAGUUCCAGUAAUCAAAUUUUGAAAAAGUUAUCGGUGUCCCACAAAUGUCUUUAAUACUUGCGAAAUAAUACUUUGCGAAAAUUCCAAUAGUUAUUUGUCAAAAACUGCAACGUAUUUUUUUUCGUUUAAGGCAUCUUAUACAAUAAUGAAAUAAGUUUCUCCUAAUGUAGAUCGCGAGAACAGCCAUUAAAUAUACAUAUAUAAUUGAAAAUUGGAUUAUAUUGUCCAUGUUCCGACGAUGAGAUCAAUUAUAUAAAUUAUUAAUAAAAAAUAUAAACAGUUUUCAUAUUUAUGUUGAAGUGUACGUCACAGCAGCAUUAAUUAUUAUUACUUUUUUUUGUACCAUUGCUUUACAUUGUACUUAUUCACUUUUAGCCAUACGCCUUUUACACUUCUUGUUAUUUUACAUUAUUUUACAUUAUAAAUGCGUAUAUUUGAUUGAAACAGUCGCUCAUUUAUGUCCGUGUAUACAUUAUUACAUUAUUGCACUCUUUACUCUCUCAUGUUGCAUUUGUCAUGUAGUUGCCACAAGCAGUGCUAACAAGCGCGUUCUACCAGUGAUCCGCCAUUUUUAUCGCGAUUAUUCAUUCAAAAGAGAAAAAGGAGAGCGCAAUGCCUCUGUUCGGUUAGACCGUUGUACAUAACGUUGCCCCGUUAUCCUCCAUUCAGACCGCUUUCCUCCGCGCCACGCGAAUGCCGAGGGAGUUCGAUUAUCCCCGUGUCGACGUCGGCGACGACGACGACGACGACGAGAGAGAAACGUUAUCACGCAUGCCCGUAUUUCCCAGUGCUGUCCUGUCCGCUCCGCGGAACCGCCUGACGGAUAUUUUGACAGUACGUCGCCCUGCAUCCUCCGCGUCGAGAUGCAUCUCGACUUUUGUCGCCCACGGCGCCGGCCACCCUCGUUCUUGCUUAUUCGCGCGCGGUUUCAUGCUACCGUUGCCUUCGAUGUACCACGAGAAAGUCGCGUCGGAUGCGCCGCUUAAACGCGCGUUUAACAGCGCCGCUUGCGGAACCGGGUCAGUCGAUAGUGUCCGAGCGAGUGUUGUGCGCGUUCAGAGUGUUCGUUUACUGAGGGUAGAAUUGAGAGGGUGAAACGCGAGUAGGAAUGAGAUCGUUUCAGGACACAAAAGUCGGAUAUAUUGACGUCUCUCAAAUCCGAAACAGCGUCUUAAUCUGACGGAGAAAAAUCGUGUUGUUCGACUCGAGAGCUCUUUGCUCUAUCGUGAACGGAGAGAUGUGAUUACGAGAGGUGAAUUCGUGAAGUCGCUGUGAGAGGGACUCGCAUGAUUCGCGUAGACGGUACCGUUUUUCGGUUACGCUUUCGGGGUGGCCGAGAGAAAUGGCAGCGCGGCGGGUCUCCGCAUCUUUGCGACGUCUCGGAGCAAGAUGUUGACUUGUUUUUGAGCCAAGUGGGCGGCUGUAGUCGUGAGAAGAGUGAAGUGUUUGAAUGACUUGCGCGCGGCUCGGCAAGAAGGUGGUUGUGUUAACUCGAGUAUGCGGAUUUCACGGACACACGAAUACCUCCCCGGGUGAGGUGGGGCCGGCUCUCUCGGCGGCGUCGCCGGAUUACCGCCGGUGCAGGCGUCCCGAAGUGCCGUGUAAAUCUUCCUGAAAAUUACAAAGUAAUCUCGCGGCACGUUCACGCGACGGUCUCAGAAUCAGGUUUCGCGCGUGUACAUGUGUGCGUAUGCGAUGUGUACCGCGCGUAGAGUGUGUCUGUUCGACAGAAUAACGCCGUUUCAGCCACUUUGCGUCGCAUACCUCAAGAACGUUGGCGAUCAUCGCGAUCUUUCGGGGAUACAUUCAGCGCGGAAUUGUCGUUAAAUCGUUCAUGUAAUUCGUAACGGUUGUGAUUGUGCGCGUUUUGUGAUUCCUCGUGAGAAGGGCGGGGGCUUUCCCUGGGGCGACCCUGGGUACGAACCUGCUCCUCCUCAUGGACGUGGAACCGUCCAACUGUCAAAAGCGUCUCUCGAACGUGAAAUCCCGUUCGGGACCUUGACGGACUUUUCGUCCGCGAGCGGAUUCCCGCGCUCUCGGUUGGUUUCGAGCUAUCCUGGUGCAUGCAUUCGAAGGUGGGCGGAUGCCGCUGUCCACGUCAAGGACACGUAUCCUCAGGCGCGCGAUCCGAGAACAAUGAGGAUCUCGGAGCGGCCGUUUUGUUGCGAUGUCGGGAUACCGCGCCUGGAAUGCCAAGUCCGUACCGCCACGUUCUGCCCUUCGUGCCCUCAUUCGCGUUGUUGUUAUCGUCGUCGUUAUCGUGGUUUGUUCUGCUGAGGCGCAUGAACGAAACCUAGUUGUGCCGCGAAUGCACAUGUCGUGGGAAUAAAUUAACUGGGAGAGUGUCGAGCGAAACUCGCUUUCGUUCGUCUACGACGGUUAGAAAGGACGAAGAAAUAGAAUCGAUAGAGAAGGCGGUGAAGAGAAACAAUAAGGAGAGACUAACGAGCUGAGCAGGAUGAGUCAUUUCGAUUGGAAACUGCUGCGCCGGAAAAAGGUGAUACCGGCAGAUCGCCGGCCUCCGGAGAAGGAGGAAACGUGGACUCUGCCUACUGAUCAACAAGAUCCAUGCGUUCUUUUCGACGAUACCGUCAAGCCGAAAGGGACGCAGGACGAGAAGACGCAGCUGAAACCGACCACAGAAGCGAUCUCCGUGGAUACGGGCGAUAAUGUGGACAACACCUUGCCGCGCAGUCAAGAAACCAGAAAGAGCAAGACCAAGAAAGUAAAGAAUUAUCUGAGAAAGUGUAAAGGCGCGCUGUCGAAGGGUGACGAGAGUGUCACGGAGAAGAAACGCCAGGAAAAUUGCACUUCGUGGUAUUUGGAGGACAUUGCUAUUCGCGCGUCUCAGGAGGAUCACGACGAAUCCGCGGAGAGGUACACGGAAUUUCUUGAGGAAAGGCUCGAGGAGACGACGCGUGAUACGAAACCCGUUGAAAAUCUCGUGCCUGAAACACUUGAAAGUUUUUUGAGGGAUGAAAAUCUUGAAGAAACUCCGGAUGAGGCAUUCACUAAAUUGCUGGAAGAAGACCGCAGGAUCGAUCUUAGCAGAAGCGGGACACCUCUGUACGAGGAUGCCAGAGGUGCAAGUCUGGAACCGCACACCUCAAAUCAGAAAACUCCGACGAAAAAAUCAGGGCAGUCCUGCGACGAAGAGAAAAAAGAUGUGGUUUUGCUGGAAACGCUGAUUACGGAAGAUACGAAUCUGAACAAGUGUGACUCGAACGACACAUUGAUAGCAGAAAUCCUGGAAACAGCGGAAACUGCGACGAGUUUCAAUACGGAAUUGACGGCGGAAGAAGGAGAAGAUGCACGGAAAACACUUGUGGAAGGAGUUGAUGAAGAAGCAAUGUUAGCAGUUCUUACAUCCUGCGCGAAUCGUGGAGAUUUCGCUUCCCUGGUUCGGAAUUUACUUGGACCUAUUUACGGCGACGGUGUUAUGAAUCUGCUGAUAAGACAAGCGCGGGACAUCCUCGUUUGUGCUUAUCAUGGCAAUUUGGACAACUUUGUCCGGAUUUAUCUAUCACCUGCUGCGGCUUUGCUGGCGGAAGUCAAGAAUGUUGCCUCUGAAACGUUAUUGACUCUCAAUGUUAUGCCAUCGAAUAUUGUCACAAUGUUGAACCUCUCGGAAUCAGCAAAAUUGAACACUGUUUUGCGCUUGUGACGAUUGGCAUUAUUUCGGAAUCGUCGUACAUCGCGUUAAAAGUGUGUCGCGUUUGUAAAGUUCGGGAGUGCCGUGUAAAUAAUCGGUCGAAUCGUGUGUGAUAAUUAGUACUGUAUAAAUAGUACUGUAUAUAAUAGUGUGUAUAUAGUACUGUAUAAGAGCCAACGAUGGAAUUGCAACAGCGUGAUGACAGCGUUAUGACGACGACGGGAUGACAACAGCGUGAUAGCAAUAAUGGAUCAUC